AUGGAGAAUAACUCUGAGAUUGUCUUCGUGCUUCAGGGUCUUAACGACUCCCUGAUCAACCGUCAGCUGUACUUUGCGUUGGCGUUGACGUCUUACCUGUUCACCAUCUUCGUGAACGUGACGCUCAUCGCCACCGUGUGUGUGGAGAAGACGCUGCACGAGCCCAUCUACAUCUUCCUGUGUAACCUGUGCAUGAACGGGAUCUGCGGAGCGUCUAGUUUCUACCCGAAGCUGCUGCACGACCUCCUGGCCGACUCCCAUGUCAUCUCGUACUUGGGCUGCAUGAUGCAGAUGUUUGUUGCGUACAGUUACAUGUUCUGUGAGUUUACCAGUUUAACCGUCAUGGCGUACGACCGGUACCUGGCCAUCUGCAGGCCGCUGCAGUACCGGGCUCUGAUGACGCCGCAGAAGGUGGCGCAGCUGCUGCUGCUCACCUGGUGCUUCACGUUGCUGGAGAGCAUGGUGGGCAUGGUCCUGACCACCAGGCUGCAGCUCUGCGGACGCAACCUGGACAAGUUGUUCUGCACCAACUGGGACGUGGUGAAACUGUCCUGCGGCGGGGACACGCUCGUCAACAACGUGUACGGCUUCGUGCUCAUGUUGUCGCACGUGACUCAGACCGGACUCAUCCUGGUCUCGUACGCUCACCUGGUGCGAGCUUCGCUGCGCUCGCGCUCGGACCGCCGGAAGUUCGUGCAGACGUGUCUCCCGCACCUCGUCACGCUCCUCGUGUUCACGCUCUCGACCGUGUUCGACGUCAUGUACUCGCGCUACGGCAGCGGGAGCGCGCCUCAGGCGCUGCGGAACGCGCUGGCUGCGGAGUGUCUGGUGAUUCCUCCGCUCAUCAACCCGAUGAUCUACGGAAUCAAACUGCAGCACAUCCGGACCCGCAUCCUGCGCAACAUGGGCCUGACUGCGGAGAGUCCGCAUCCAUGA